AGUGUUGUUAGAGAGUUUGAACGUAAGUCAUCAACAAUUUACGACACUUGGGGAUAAGACGUACUGCUAACUUAAUUUCCCACAAAGUACAAAACGCAUAACUAUCUUACCCAUUAUUAGUGGGUACAACAUAAAAGGUUUCUCUUUCUAAAACCUGUAGGCAUAAUUAUAAACGUAUGCUGUAUUCUAAAACAAAAAGACUAUAGUGCUUCCAACUACUUUUCUUUUGUGUUAGAGGUUAUGCCUAACUCUUUCUUCGCUUGUAGAAUAGUCUUUUCUGACGUUACCUUCCCUCCAGUGGCAUAGCAGUGUGACGGCGGACUUACAACUCUAAAAAUCGGGUUUCGAUACCGUGGUGGGAAGAGCACAGAUAACCCACUGUAUAGCUUUGCGCUUAGCAACAAACAAAGGCAUUACCAUUUCGUUGGCCAUAUAGUUUCCUGUGCCAACUUCAUAUUUCAUUCUACCACAUAGUUUCAUAACGUUAUUUGCGCAUGUCUAGUAGUGGCGCAGUUUAUUUUCACUUUCAGAAUUCAAACAUUAAUUCAAGUUAGUUAUAUGGACAUGGAGAACGAAAAAAAAGUGAAAAUCAUGGAGUUGGGGACCCUUUUGCGAUCUGUGCUUCAGAGUUCGAAAGGAGGAAUUAUUGCUGCCAAUUUAGAAAAGGAUUAUGCUGAUCUUGUGGGUGAGCCAAUUCCUUUUAAACAGUUGGGUUAUUCUUCACUAGAGGACUUGUUCCAUGAUUUAUCUGAAUUCAUCAAGGUUUCAAGAACACCAUUAGGUGAACUUAAACUACAAGCUGUUUGUGAUUUAUCUACAAGACAUAUUGCAAAUCUUGUUGCUCGACAGAAAGAUUCUAAGUCAAAAGCUUCACUUUGUAAAGAGGUGAUAAGAAAACCACAACCAGUGAUAAAAUAUUCCAGAUCUUUGGCAAGUAAAAGUCAAUCAGUUUCUCCAAUUGCAGCAGGAAAGUAUGAACCUGAAACUCAGAAAAUUGAAUCUCUUUGUUUACCCCAGGAAAAAGGGCACUUCAAGAAGUUAAUUGAAGAUUAUGCUAGAAGAAAAAAUAUUUCUUGUCCCGUGUAUCGUACGAUUCCUAUCAAUAUACCAGGAAGGAAACGAGGCAGUUUCUGGGCUUGUAGCAUUCAGUUUAACAAACAAAACUUUACGUCUUAUCCUACUGGCAAACCAACCAAAGAGCAAGCUGAAGAAGCAACUGCUAAAGUAGUUUUAGAUAGCUUACUUAUCAAUUCAGAGAAUGAUGUGAUUAAUCCUACUGCUGCUUAUCCUACAAGGUCAUUCAGAAAACUGUCUCCCACUCAACGUAACAUACAAUCUGUUGAUGAUAACCUUGUUAUAACGAUACGAAACAAGUAGUUUAGAGUAUGAAAGUUUUAAGUCGAAUAUAAUAUGGUGUGGUAAGGUUCUAUAAAUUUUUCAUAGAGAAAUAGUAGAAACGUUAAGAAAUUUGGUUACCAAGUUUAGUUUUUAAGAAGUAUGUACGUGAUGUGUAUCCAUGCCCCUAAUCAGUUACUUGUAAGAAGGGAUUUUUUUUUAAAAACUAAACUUUGCUAAAAAAAAUGCUUCUUGAAAGAAAUUUUUACUUAAACAUAUUGCUGGAAUGAUUAUAAUUAAAA